UCCCACCUCCCUUCAGCUGGGCGGUACCAGGGAGGGGCGGUGAGUCAGGGCUAAGGACUCGGGACAAAGGUCUGGUGGGCGGCUCAGCAUUCCUGGGGCGGGCAGGUCCCACUGCUCCUCCUGGCCCUGCAGACACACAUUCCACCAUGGACCUCGACCUGGCAGCAGCCCUGGGAUCCACUUCCAAGAAGCCCGGUGGGGCAGGCCAGGUGGGAGACCUCAAGCACAGUGCCCCCAAAGUUCCGGGCCAGGCAGCGGCGGCUCACGGCCCAAGGGUAAGUCACCUCACCACUGGGCACAUCCUGGGGGUGGGAGGGGGCGAUGCCUUUGACUCUAGAGUCCUGCUGUGCCUUGCUCGAGCUGGGCACCUGCUCACUGCCACUCCUCCACAGCACGGCCAUGGCAGCUCCUCAGACUCCAGCAGCAGCAGCAGCUCCAGCAACUCGGACUCCGACAGGGAAGGGAAGCCCCAUGCCGCCGGCGCCACCCCGGGCAAGGCCAAGAAGCCCAAGGUGAAGAAGGACAAGGACAAGGGCAAGAAGGAGGAGAAGGGCAAGAAGGCGUCCCACUGAGGGGCCCAGGCGGGU